AUAAAUUUGUCGAAGGAAGAGUGUGUUUCUGAAGCAUUUGAACGUGUCGGAAGCCCAAGAAAAAAAUCCAUGGAAGCUCAGAAGAAGCUGGUGAUGGGUCUCUUUCUGUUCGUAGUGUUCGUAUCUGAGUCUGGUGUGAGAGCUUGGACUGGUGAAAUCCAUGGAAGAGUUGUCUGUGAUGUCUGUGGUGAUUCCUCCAUUGGACCUGAGGACCAUGUUCUUGAAGGUGCCGAGGUAGCUGUUCUUUGCAUUACAAAAUCCGGGGAAGUCUUGAAUUAUCAGGCAUUCACCAAUGCCAAGGGGAUAUACACAGUGGCGGAGACGAUGCCAGAGAGUGACCGCUGGGAUGCUUGCCUCGCCCGGCCUAUCAGCAGCUUCCAUGAACACUGUACACAUCUUGGCGAUGGCAGCUCAGGAAUCAAGUUCAGUUACAAUCAUCUUUCGGGUUAUUCCCACACUGUCAAAACCUUCAUCUACAGGCCUGCCAGUGUGCCAACCUAUUGCAUUUGAAGCAUCUCUAGGCUUGGUGUAUAGUUUUAGUUGAAGUGAGAAGAAAAGUAAGCGACGGAUGGUGCACAUUGACCAUGAAUAUGUGCUUAUGUAAUGGCCAUUCAAUGUGCUUGUUUGCACCAUGUCGUAGAUUAUGUGAUUGUAUUUGUAUUUACUGUCAUAGAAACUCAGUAUUUUGCUCAAAGCAUAAUACUUGAACCAGCCUAAAAAUGUCAGGCUUGUAGUGUCAUUAUACAUUUCAAAGGGGUAUCUGCAUCUGUCGGAAUUAGACCUCUUGGAGUCU